CGCUCAUAUAGAGGGGUAAAAUCAUACUUAGUUUCCAUACUUAAAAUCAUACUCAGAGCGUACGUUGAGCAGUUCAGACGGUGAUACUUCUUUACUUUUGAAAUGGUUUCAGACACGUUUUCCUCUAAAAACCCAAGUGCCUCAAAAUAUUAAAUAAAAAAAAACCACAAAAACCACGUGUGUUCUUAUCUAAAAAAUAAGAUAAAAAUAAAAUAAAGUGAAGCGCCAAACAAAACAGAAAAACAAAAAAUGAAAAACCAUGUGGACUGAAACGAACUGAACUCUAUUCGAAGCUCCACGCUGGCACACCAAGCACGUUGAUAAAAAUCAGACAACAAAAAACAAAAACCAAAGAAUACCCCCGAUAAAAGCUAUGGACUUGUGUACAUAAAAAACAAAUACAAAAAAACAAUCAAAACCGGGAAAAUUACCAUAAAAAAUAGAGAAUAUUGUACGUAAAUUCAAAAAGGAAACCAUAUAGUACGGGAAAAAUCGCGAAAAAUGGCGCGCAUUCAGGCCAGCGAUUCGUUAAUUCCUCGCCAGGUGUUCGAGGUGCCCCCGGCGGAACCGAACAACUCCACGGCGGAAACGGGCAGCCAGGGAUCCGGGGUGAAGCUGAAGAAACAGAUCAGCCUGCUGGACGGAGUGGCCAUCAUUGUGGGUGUCAUCGUGGGAUCCGGCAUCUUCGUUAGCCCCAAGGGUGUGCUUCGGUACUCCGGCUCCAUUGGCCAGUCCCUUAUCGUCUGGGUCCUCUGCGGAGUCCUCAGCAUGGUGGGAGCACUAUGCUAUGCAGAACUGGGCACAAUGAUACCCAAAUCUGGAGGUGAUUAUGCUUACAUAGGAGCUGCCUUUGGACCACUGCCCGCCUUUUUGUAUCUCUGGGUGGCCCUGCUGAUUCUGGUGCCCACGGGAAAUGCCAUCACGGCCCUGACCUUUGCCCAGUAUCUGUUGAAACCCUUUUGGCCCUCCUGCGAGGCUCCUAUCGAAGCUGUUCAGCUGCUGGCAGCUGCCAUGAUAUGUGUGCUGACGGUUAUCAACUGCUACAACGUCAAGUGGGUGACACGUGUGACGGAUAUUUUCACGGGAACCAAGGUGGUGGCUCUUCUGGUGAUUGUUGGCGCCGGAGUCUGGUGGCUAUUCGGCGGAAACACAGAGCUGUGGGAGCAACCAUUUUCCGGAGGCCUGCACUCUCCCGGUUUUAUUUCCCUGGCCUUCUACAGUGGCCUCUUUUCGUAUUCCGGAUGGAAUUAUCUUAACUUUGUCACCGAGGAGCUCAAGGAUCCGUACCGCAAUCUUCCAAAAGCCAUCUGCAUCUCCAUGCCGGUGGUGACGAUCAUCUAUAUGAUCACAAACAUAGCAUACUUUUCGGUGCUGUCGCCGGAUGAGAUUCUGUCUUCGGAUGCUGUGGCCGUGACCUUUGGAGACAAGAUGCUGGGCUACUUUGCCUGGAUCAUGCCCUUUGCCGUAGCCUGCUCUACUUUUGGAUCUCUGAAUGGAGCCAUUUUUGCCUCCUCCCGGCUGUUCUUUGUCGGCGCUCGGAACGGUCACUUGCCGGCAGCCAUUUCGCUGAUCAACGUCAACUGCCUGACCCCAGUGCCAUCUCUGAUCUUUCUGGGUGUGGUUACUGUUCUGCUGCUUUUCAUCAAGGAUACGUAUGUGCUGAUCAACUACGUGAGCUAUGUGGAGGCUCUAUUCACGCUCAUCUCGGUUUCUGGACUGCUCUGGCUGCGAUACAAACAACCCAAGACGGAGCGACCCAUCCGGGUUAGCUUAGUACUCCCCGUCAUCUACCUGAUCGUGUGCCUCUUCCUGGUGAUCUCCUCCUGUUUCCAGUCACCCUUUGAAGUCGGCGUGGGAACGAUCAUCAUCCUGUCCGGUAUUCCGGUCUAUUAUCUAACGAUUCACAAUCCGGUUAAAUGGCUGGCGGACACCUCGCAGGCGAUUAAUCUUUGGUGUUCCAAGUUCUUCAUCUGUAUGCCCAAUCAGGAAAAGUUCGACUAGGAUGGCUGGGCUCAGAGAGGAUCAGGGAGGAUUCGAGUGCCUUCUGGUGGAGCUAUCGAAGGGUAUAUCUUGUAGUUAGCAUAAGGCUCAAUUUACUACUAAGAUUAGGAAUUAGAAAUGCGAAAAAUGUGAGACCUACGCACAACAUUACAAACGUUUAAUUGUAAAUAACUCAAAUGCAUUCUGGCGCAGAGGAGGUCACUUUUUUUUCAAUCACUAUUUAUAAAUGCUAUUGUAUAUUUGAAACAUGUCUAUUAUGCAAAUUCAAAUCAAUUUGAUACAUACAUAUAUUAUAAAGCAGCUAAUUUAGUACAAUUUUUAUACAUAUAUACCUAAUUAGCAGCUAAUUUAGUAAAUAAUAAUAAUUAUUAUUGAAGCCAAUUUUGAAAAAUGUAUAAAUCGAAUUUGUUUUAUAUAAGAAAUCAAAGAAUAAAUCAUUUACAAUUAAAA